CCGGGUCCCCGCCUGCGGCGCGAGCGGGGCGGAGCGGCCGCAGCGCCGCGCAGCGAGGAGGGAGGCGGCGCGGCCCUCCCGCGCCCAGGGGCGGGGAGCGCGGCGGCGGCCCCGCCUGUGGCGCUCCGUGGAGCUGUUCAGCACCCAGGUGCUGAGUCUCCCCCCGGCUUACGGAGACUCCGGCGGCGCUCCCUUCCCACCGCUCCCCGGCGCGGCGAUGGCUCCGGCGCUCAGCCGCCUCUGCCAAGCACUCUGAGCGUCCGCCCGCCGCGCCCCGGCGUGGAUGCAGCAGCUCCAGGCGCCCCCAGCUCCGCGAGGGAACGCGGCAGAUUUCCUUUUUGCCUCCAGAGUGUUUCGUUAUGGCAGCCUCCAGUGAACAAUGACAUCCUUUGACAAAUAUAGAUGCCAAAAAGCCAGACGAAAACAGUGGCCUUGUUUCAUUUUUACUCCAAGACAGUGAAAUGGUGCUCUUCAAGUUUUGUUACUGACUCUCACUGGAAAAAACCCAAACCCCUGACUGGAACUUUUUUCCCCAGCCCUCUGCCAGUGUUCUUAUGGAUGCGUGACACAGUGACAUCAUGUAGUAGGCCCUGAAGUGUUGUCAUAAUUGAGUUGCAAUGGUUUUAUACACUUCCCCAUUUCCCAACAGCUUUCUGUCAGUUCUGCAUUCUUUUUCCUGGGGCCUGAUUUUCCCAUGUUACUGGUUAGCAGAUAGGCUUGUGGCCUCUUUUGUUCCGACCACCUAUGAAAAACGUCAAAGAGCAGAUGAUCCAUGCUAUUUCCAUGCACUCUGUAUCAUUAUUACCACUCCCAUCUACUUGGCACUGUUGGUAGCCUCUCUUCCUUUUGCUCUGAUUGGCUUCUUGUUAUGGUCCCCACUCCAGUCAGCUAGAAGGCCAUAUAUCUACUCCAGACUAGAAGACAAGAACCAUGCCAAUGGAGCCACGCUGCUCACUGAAUGGAAGGCUGCAGGGAAUGGGAAAAGCUUCUGCUUUGGCAGUGCCAAUGUUUGCCUGCUGCCAGAUUCUCUGGCAAGAUUUAAUAAUGUUUUCAAUACACAGGCUAGGGCUAAAGAGAUUGGCCGGAGGAUCCGAAAUGGGGCAAGCAGACCACAGAUCAAAAUAUAUAUAGAUUCUCCUACCAACACGUCCAUCAGUGCAGCAAGUUUUAGUAGCUUGGUUUCCCCCCAGGGUGGAGAUAACAGUAAUCGUACUGUUAACGCUGGCAUCAAAAGGACAACAUCAAUGGAGUAUAAAGGAGACAAUUCUGGCUCAAACAACAGUGAGGAUAUUAGAGAAGAUAAAGGUGGACCUGGAGAGCCAAAUGAGGGAGAAGAAAACACUUGCAUCGUCCGCAUAAAUGGAGAGGAUAAUGGCCACAUGUCAGACACAGAAACAGACACCGUCAAUGGCCAGGCUCAUGCCAGUGGCCCAGCAGAGCCCUCACUGGAAGGUGACACAGAGAUCUCAAAAACGCCUAACCAUAAACAGAAGGAAGGAGAUUCUGGGAGUUUAGACAGCUACUCUGCCUCACGAGAGUCCUUAGUUAAAGUUCGUGUUGGAGAUGGUACAGUGGACCAAAGCACUGUCAACAACAAGCUCCUCUACAAAGCUUCAAUCAUGAAGAAGACUUCGGUGCGGAAAAAGAAACAUACAGAUGAGACCUUUGACCAUGAGAUCUCUGCUUUCUUCCCUGCCAACUUGGACUUUCUGUGUUUGCAGGAAGUGUUUGACAAAAGAGCUGCAGAGAAAUUGAAAGAGCAGCUUCAUCACUAUUUUGAAUACAUUGUCUAUGAUGUUGGGGUCUACAGUUGCCAUGGCUGCUGUAGCUUUAAGUUUGUGAACAGUGGUCUACUUUUUGCCAGCCGCUAUCCUGUUAUGGAUGCUGCCUAUCACUGUUACCCCAAUGGAAGAGGAACGGACUCCUUGGCUUCCAAGGGAGCCUUGUUUCUCAAGGUGCAAGUGGGAAGUACACCUCAGGACCAAAGAAUUGUGGGAUACAUUUCCUGCACUCACUUGCAAGCUAUUGCAGGAGAUACUACUGUUCGAUGUGAGCAACUGGAUAUGCUUCAAGAUUGGCUGUCUGAAUUCAGAAAAUCUACCUCCUCCUCCAGUACAGCCAAUCCAGAGGAGCUGGUGGCAUUUGAUGUAAUCUGUGGAGAUCUCAACUUUGAUAACUGCUCCUCUGAGGACAAGCUGGAGCAACAGCAUUCUCUGUUUACACACUACAAAGACCCGUGUCGAAUUGGUCCUGGGGAGGAUAAACCAUGGGCAAUUGGUACCUUGUUGGAUCCUGAAGGAUUAUAUGAUGAUGAAGUGUGCACUCCAGAUAACCUACAGAAGGUGCUGGAAAGUGAAGAAGGAAGGAAAGGAUACUUAGUCUAUCCCACCAGCAAGAACCACAGUUCCAGUCAAAAGGGGAGGAAGGCAUCACUGAAAGGAAACGGGAGGAGGAUUGACUAUAUGCUCUAUACAGAAGAAGGUCUCUACCUGGAAUGGAAAGUGGAAGUGGAAGAGUUCAGCUUUAUUACCCAGUUAGCAGGCUUGACAGACCACCUACCAGUAGCAAUGCGUCUCAUGGUGUCUACAGGAGAUGACGACCCUUAAAACUGACCAGCUUUGAGAGAUUAGAAGAGGGAAACGUUAAUGAUAUUAAGAAAAUAUCAGAGGAUAAGAACGAACUAUUCUGGUGCCACGUUAGGAAAGAUGACCAGACCUGACCCGGGCUACUCCCAGAAUGUACCAACAAUGGAGAAUUAUAAAAAGGGAAGAAAUGGAAGGGGUUGUGGCCAAAAGCCACUGUCACAAGUUGCUCAGGCAACAGGGCAGGCCUGUACUACAAUGCUUUCACUGUGGACCGAACGGAACCAAGAUGGAAAUCCUAAUUCCUUCUGAACCAGUGCCAUUCUUACUAAAACAUGUUUUUAUACUAAUAUAUAGCACAAUUUAGUUUGUAAUUAGUCUGUGAGUUAGUGCUGCUCAAUGGUUUUUUGCAUCAUUUCUUUGUAUAACUAAGAAGCUAAAGCUUUUUUUCUUUUUUUUAGCCUGUUAAAGUUGUAGUAGCGUGCUUGCAUCAGUAGCAUGCGCCCGCACUGCAUGCCACUCUGACGUAAAAUAGUCAGUAAGAUACCAUGGGGAAUAUCAGAAUGGAAGUGAGUUAAAAAAUCAGAUACCAGCCAAAGCAAGGCAUUCUGGGACUGGCAAACCUUCUGUCAUUACAGAUAGACCUUAAAAAUAAACAAACAAUAACUCUAUUCAAUCUGCAGACCAAUAUCCUCCUGUCCGAUUUAAGGACACUUAAAAGAUUUGGAAAUAAGACUUCAAGAACACAGUUCUACCCUUAUUCCAACUGUGUUGCCACUGAAAUUAUGAAGUGUUUUGUCUGAAUAAUGACUCCAGAAUUGGGCCUUUAGCUUUCUAAAGUGCAACUUAUUCCCUUAAGAAAUAUAGUUCCCCUGUAAUGUCUUUUCUUUCUUUCCCAUAUACGUGGGGCAGUUCUGAAUUAUGGUAUGGGAUGAUAUGUAUGUUACAGUAGAGUGACUAGAUUCCUGUAGUACCAUUGGUAACACCAGAGCCAACAUUCUGCCUUAGCUAGAAAGAAUAAGUGGGAAAUAGCUUGUAAAAUGCAUGCUAGAUAUAGAGUUAAAAUAAACUUAAGUGACAUUUUGGGAGAAAAAGUGUAGAACAGCGUAUGAUUGAUAAGGCAGGAUAACCUAGCAAUUUUCCAAAGGAAUCGGUACACUUAAAGGGAAAGUGUAUCAUGGCUGGCUACUAGAGAAUAGACCUGUGACUCUCAGCCUUGGGUAACUACUUCCUAUGAGCAGAGGGUUUCUUUAUGUCUGUGAGACAAUUCUCCAUUUGUUACACAGACUUUAAUAGGAGUCCUGCCAUCUUAUUCAUAUGUUCUUUCCACUGCAGCUCUUUAAAUGGGAGGGUCCCCUCUGCCAUCUUAUCCCUGUGACCUGACCUACUCCAGCCUCUGUAACCUUAACAAAAAUAAUGAAAAGCUGAGAAUCAGGUCCAUAACAAGAAUUGGUGGGUUUUUUUAGGGAUUUAAAUUCAGAAAGGUUUGUGUUGCUGUGAGAACAACGAGACCCCUUGCGUUUUAACCGAGACUUAAGUUUCUUCUGCUUACUUUCUGUUCAAUUUUAGUGUUAUUUCCUUUUACAUUACAAAUUCCCUGUGUUAACAAGAAAAACAGUUAAUCUCAUAGUUAUACUUACUCCAUUAAGUAAAUUGUUAGUUAUGCUGGCCACAAACUCCUGAAGAUGCUCUUGUUUUGGUUUAGGUUACACCUGCUAGGAAUCAGCUUGAGCUAAAUCAGAAUAUAUUUAAAUUAGAAAUCCCAGUCUGCACAGCCUCUGGUACUGGCCUAAUCAGCUACAGUAAACAGAACUUUUGCUUAGAUCAGCCUGAUUUUGCAAGUAGAGAAACUCAUAAAAAGUACUGGACUAACAGUAUUGGCUAAUUCCAAGUAGGUAGUGGGCCACUGCUCACACUCUCCCACUGUACCUGCUCUUGACACGUUUUAUGCCUCAUUUUCCAGUCCUGGCAUCCCUUCAGCAGAGACUGCCUCUUACAAGUGUACUGUGCCAAACCAAGGGGUAGUCUGCAAGUAUAACCCAUGGGGACUCAAAAAUGGAACCAGACUCAA